ACUCGACUUCUCUCUCUCUCUCUCUCUCUCUCUCUCUUGCUGUCAGUCAGUCAGUUACUUCUACUCUUCUACUCUUCUUCUACUUUAAUUAUCUUCUUCUUCUUCUUCUUCUAUUUCUCUUCUUCAAGUCUUCUUCUCUUCUUCUUCUCUUCUUCUCUUCUUCUCUUCUUGCCCUUCCACCGGCCCGCCUCCGCUCAAGACAACAGCAACAACAACAACAACCAGAACAAGAGAAGAGAAGACGAAGACGAAGAAGACAACAAGAAGAGACGAAGAAGAGACCGCUAG